CAAAAUAAAAAUAUGGUUUGUUUCCCCUCGCCCGACCGACUCAGAGAAAUCCCGCCGACUCAAAAGUUUUUAUUCCGUUUUUUUGCAACAUUUUUUUUUAUUUCCGGAAAUUUUUCGGGGUUGUUUCCGGUGCCGAUGCUCAUUUAUGGUGACCGGAAGUUUCUAAUUUUUCAUCGGAUUCUAUUAAAAGUCAAGAAACGAUACGAAUAUUUAGGUGGUCUGCUAUGAAAUGUCGUCUACACGAGGGGACAAAAGAGUUAAGGGUGGCGGAACGUUUACCUUGUGUUCUUCAGUAAUUGUAAAAUGUGGUAAUGAAAUAAAAAACUUGUGCAAAAAUCACCUGUACGAGUAUGAGGAUCAAGAAACAUGGAACGACGUGCUGCAUGACGUUUUGGAAGGAGAAAACUUCCUGUUUCACAAAACUGACACUAUUACUCCAUGUGUUUCCGAUAAAUUAACGGGAACGGCAACUUUUAAGCCAGAUAUGGAAGAACCCAUCAGAAUCGUAAAGGAAUUUGACAGAACAUUGAAAUAUGUAACCUUUACUAUAAACAGAGACGAAGAUGUUGGUUUGUCCAACCCAGACAGUAGGAAAACCACUUCUACAACACAGUCGGCCUUCACUGUCAUGAUGAAUUCCUGUAAUUCUAAAAAGGAUCCCAAACAUAAGGAUACAAAAGCAGCAAAUUUCACAGCUAAACACAAACUGUUCAAUGGGAUAGUGGACAUGUUUCUGGCAUCUGAAGAUAAGUUUCCAGUUGUUAUGACAGACAAUGUCAUUAGUGAUCAGGUGAUAAUGCCGUUGACCAAUGCUGUGUGGUAUAUUAGUGGAAAUAUGGGGACAAUUCAGGAACGAUCCAAACAUUUGCCUAAUGUUCAUGGAAUUCCUGCAAGGUACUUAAUAUAA